AGCGGCGACCGCGGGAGGGGCGGGGCGGCCGGCCGUGUCCGAGGCGGCGGCGGCGGCAUGGCCGGGCGGCGGGUGAACGUGAACGUGGGCGUGCUGGGCCACAUCGACAGCGGCAAGACGGCGCUAGCGCGGGCGCUGAGCACCACGGCCUCCACCGCCGCCUUCGACAAGCAGCCGCAGAGCCGCGAGCGCGGCAUCACGCUCGACUUGGGUUUCUCGUGCUUCUCGGUGCCGUUACCCGAGCGCCUGCGGUCGGCGCUGCCCGCGUCCCCGGAGGCGCCCGAGGCCGAGCCCGGCGGGCCGCUGCUUCAGGUCACGCUGGUCGACUGUCCCGGGCACGCCUCCCUCAUCCGGACCAUCAUUGGCGGGGCCCAGAUCAUAGAUCUGAUGAUGCUGGUCAUUGACGUGACCAAAGGGAUGCAGACCCAGUCAGCAGAGUGCCUUGUGAUUGGGCAGAUCGCCUGCCAGAAGCUGGUUGUGGUGCUGAACAAAACAGACCUCUUAGCCGAAGGGAAGAGGCAAGCGGUGAUUGAUAAAAUGACCAAGAAAAUGGAGAAGACCCUAGAGAACACCAAGUUCCGAGGUGCACCGAUUAUACCUGUGGCGGCCAAGCCUGGGGGACCAGAGGCCCCUGAAACAGAAGCUCCACAGGGCAUCUCAGAGCUCAUUGAGCUCCUGACGUCCCAGAUUUCCAUCCCAGCAAGAGACCCCUCGGGACCGUUCCUCAUGUCUGUGGACCACUGUUUCUCCAUCAAAGGCCAAGGCACUGUGAUGACAGGGACCAUCCUCUCAGGCUCCAUCAGCCUUGGUGACAGUGUGGAGAUUCCUGCCCUCAAGGUGGUGAAGAAGGUCAAGUCCAUGCAGAUGUUCCACAUGCCUGUCACCUCAGCCAUGCAGGGAGACCGGCUGGGCAUCUGUGUCACCCAGUUCGACCCUAAGCUGCUGGAGCGUGGCCUGGUAUGUGCCCCUGAGUCCCUGCACACAGUCCAUGCAGCCCUCAUCUCUGUGGAGAAGAUCCCAUAUUUCCGGGGGCCCCUGCAGACCAAGGCCAAGUUCCACAUCACGGUGGGCCACGAGACAGUCAUGGGCCGGUUGAUGUUCUUCAGCCCUGCCCCCGACUGCUUUGACCUCGAGCCAGUGCUGGACUCCUUUGACUUUUCUCGAGAAUACCUCUUCCAGGAGCAGUACCUGUGCAGGGACUUGGCACCUGCAGUGACAGACAGCGGUGAGGCCAACAAGAAGGAGGCCCAGGCCCCAGGAGGCCGCUGCCCCCGACAGCAGUGGGCCCUCAUGGAGUUUGAGAAGCCUGUUACCUGCCCUCGGCUGUGCCUGGUGAUUGGCUCCAGGCUGGAUACGGACAUUCACGCCAACACGUGCCGGCUGGCCUUCCACGGUGUCCUGCUCCACGGGCUGGAGGACAAGAACUACACUGAGAGCUUCCUGCCCAGACUGAAACUGUACAAGCUGAAGCACAAGCAGGGCCUUGUGGAGCGGGUGAUGGACGACUACAGCGUGAUCGGCCGCUCCCUAUUCAAGAAGGAAACAAACAUCCAGCUCUUCGUGGGGCUCAAGGUGCACCUGUCCACAGGGGAGCUGGGGACCAUUGACAGUGCCUUCGGCCAGAGUGGCAAGUUCAAGAUCCACAUCCCUGGUGGCCUCAGCCCUGAGACCAAGAAGAUCCUGACACCCACCCUCAGGAAGCGGGGCCGGGCGGGCCGAGGGGAGGCGGCCAAGCAGGAGGAGGGCGCUGAGCAUUCCGAGCCGGCCCAGCACGUGGCACUGAGCCUGUCUUUCAAGCGUUAUGUCUUUGACACCCACAAGCGCAUGGUCCAGUCUCCCUGAGAGCCCCAGUGAGCUCCUGCAGGGCCACCUGCCCAGGCCUGGGCUGGGCCACAGUGCCAGAUACCCAGCCAGACAUGCCUCAACCUCCCCGGUCUCUCCCUAUGCCCUGCAGGCAGCAGGCCUCCAGGCCUGGCGCUCAGCCUAGGAGAAGCCUGGGGUUGGGGGUGGGAGCGCCAGUGUCGCCAGGGCCAGAAAGAUCCAUCCUUUCACCCCUCAGCCUCCAGGAACAGGCAAGACUAGAGAGCUGGUGGCCACAUGAGGUCCAGGCCCCACCCUUCCCCCAGGUGGCCUGGCACUUGCCAACUGUAAAUAAAUGUGCUGUGGUGCCUGCCCA